CGUCCUAGUAACUACUAGGUAGUAGCUGCUCGGCACGCUGUGGGCCACUCAUGGGCCUACCCAAACAAAUAAAUACCUACUCAUGGUAGGGUGCUGCCCGUGGGGAUUCCGUCAAGAGAGAUCCAGGACCGAUACAUACACUCGACAUAUCCGAGAUUUGAAUCUGACGUCGUCGGUAGCCUCAAGCACCGGUAUCCCCUCUCUUCAUAGAUAUACGGACCUCCGCCCCACCCCCCGACCCCGAAUUACGAACACAAUCCGAACUCGAGUCUGUAACCAUGGUCAACGCACCAGGGCUAGUUCCGACCGAGGAGGACUAUGCAAGAACUGCGGGACUGGAGGCUGGUUGCUACGUGUCGUUCGCAAUCGCGAUACUUUUUGUGGCCGCACGACUCUAUGCCCGAAUCAUGAUCGUAAAGACGUUUGGGUUGGAUGACUUCUUCCUCGUCAUAGCAACGCUAUGGUCGCUCGCCAUCAUCGUGUGCGUUCCGAUCAUGUUCCGGCUGGGCAUCGGCAAGCACCUGAUCAACCUGACGAUGGACGAAUUCCUGGUGGCGCGGAAAUGGGCGUGGCUCUCUCAGAUCUUCUACUACGGGGCAUUAGGAUGCGUCAAGUGCGCGAUCGUAGCACUAUACCACCGGCUGGCCUCGCAGCCCAAACACAAGUCGGCGCUGAAGUGGAUCGGCGGCGCGGUGCUGGCGCACACGAUCGCGGCCGUCAUCACGACCGCGCACAUGUGCGAUCCCGUCGCCAUCAUCUGGCAGCCCACGUUCCCCGUCGGUUGCAUCGACAUUCUGAGCUUCAACUACUUCAACGCCGCGUUCCACAUCUUUACCGAUCUGCUGCUCGCCGUCCUGCCGAUUCCGAUCCUGAAGGGAUUGCAGAUCAACCACAAGAAGAAGAUUGCCCUGGUCGUUGUGUUUGCCGUCGGCGCGCUCACCAUCUUCUGCACCAUCGCUCGCCAGGUCACUAAUGCCAUCGCGCUGAACAAUAUGGACUUUAGCUGGUACUGGGCCUCGGCCGAGCUCUGCACCUGUGUCGAAGUGAACAUGGGGUUGAUCUGCACCUCGCUGCCAGCUUUGCGACCACUGUUGAAGAACGUCGUAACGAACCUGGGCUCAUCAGGAGACGGCUACGAGAUGAAGAAGUCCGGGCGCAGUCCGUUCAGCUCGAAGCUGGGCGGCGUGUCCAAGAACGGCGAGGACAGCGGCUACUCCACCCGCAUAUUCGCCAGCAAGAAGGGCAGCCAGCUCGAGUCCGGCAACGACAGCGAGGAGCACAUCGUCCCCCCCUCGGCGCCCGGCCACGUCGUCAAGAACGUCGAGUAUACCGUCGAGUACAGCAAUAGGACCGGCGGAGGGCCGGCGGUCUGAAUAUCUCGAAGCUCGAAGCGAGCGCGGAACGGAACGGUGUCUGGUUGGUUGGUUUGCUUGUUCGGUUCGGUUGAUUUUUUCGGGUGCCCCGGGGUUUAUUUCUUUUGUCUAACCUUCAAAACUUUUUUACGGAUUCAAUUUUUUAUUUUCGGAUGG